CCUCUUCCUCUUCCGCCUCUUCCUCUUCCUCCUCCUCCUCCUCCAGUGAGCCGUCUGUGUUUAUGUUGCUAUAGCAACAGCGGUAUUUUAUGAGUUUGCCGUUGUCCUCUCCCAAUGAUCUGAGCGCUUCGCGUAACUCGCGCAGCGUACACCAUGCCACCCAAAAAGAAGGUAGAAGCAGGUAAAAAACCCGCAAAGCCCCGAACGCCUACGCUGAUAAAUGGCCUGACCAAGGAUGAGAUGUCCAAGGAGCAGCUGGAAGAGCACAUUGUGCGCCUCCGAGAGGAGCUGAACAGAGAGAGGGAAGAGAGAAACUACUUUCAGUUGGAGAGGGACAAGAUCAACAGCUUCUGGGAAGUCACAGUUAGAAAACAAGAGGAGGUCGAGGCUGAGCUGAAAAAGGUAGAUAAGGACAUGGAAGAAGCUGAGGCCCGUCACCAGUUAGACGUGAAGGUGUAUAAACAGAAGAUCAAGCACCUCCAGCAUGAGCAUCUGAAUGUCAUCACUGAACUGAAAUCAGAUUCUUUAGCAGCCAGUGAGGUGCUGGAGAAAGAGCAAGAGCAGCUUGAGGCAGAGCUUCGUAAGACAAUUAGGGUUGACAUCCAGGAGCUCAACAUCGAACAGUUUGACAAGGAACUUGAACUGAAACACAAUGAAGAAAUGACUGCAAGACGGAACCACUUGGAGAAGCUGCUCACAGAAACUACAGCCUUGUGUGAGAAGAGGAUGCACGUGCUGCAACAAGAUCUGGACAAGGUGACGAAAAGUCAGAUCAGCGACAGAGAGAGCAACUGGGACAGCCACAUCGCAGCUCUUACAAAAGACCACAGUAAAAUCUACAGCAACACUGAGGAAUUUGUUGCUGCUAUGAACACUGAUGCGGACGAACUCACUCGGUUCAAGGACAGAGUUCAUGAAGCAAAGAAGGAACGAAAGAGCAAGCAACUGGAGCUGGUCAAUUUUUUGUGGGAUAACAAACAUCUUGCUGAGCAUAUCUCAAAGAUCAAGGAAGAAAGUGAUAAAAUUGCCAUGAAACUGAAACACUGCUUAGAAAACAAGGAUGUAGUGGAAAAGCUCAAAAGAAAGUCGCUGAAAGAUCUGAAAUCAGAACAUGAGAUAUUGGAACAGAAAUUCAGCAAGCUCCAGCUGGAAAGGGACGAACUUUGCAAGGCUUUCACUGAGAGUGCUGAGGAGGAGCAACAUAAAGACAUGGAGGUGGAAAAGAAGCUUCAGGCACUGACAGAGAGCCUGGAGAAGACAGAGGCUCAGCUCAGUGUGGUACUUUCAGCCUCCAACACAGACCGAACAGCCCUCAGUUUGAUCACAAAGAAAAUUGAGGCAAAUAUUGACUCCAGAAAUACAGCCAUCAAAAUCUUGCAGCACAAAAUAAAUCUAAUUUCCACGGCCAUCAGGUGUUUGCUGCUGAACAUCGAGGCAAAGGAAAUGCCUCUCUGUAAUUCCCCAUGAGAGCGGUCCUUAUGGUAAAAAGUCUGGAGCAGAACUUGGAUUAAAGUGAGAAACAAUGAAUACAAAGACUGAAUGAAUCUUGUAUAUUCUUUGCAUUUGAUAUCAUCAGAAUCUGACAUUUUUUUCUUUUAAUCUUCCUUUGAUGUCAAUGAUGAUUGUCAGUAAUAAAGUAUCAACAUCAAGUUUUGAGCUGGCAUCUCGUAAUUAUGAGAAAACAGGAGUUUUAGACUAUAGGGUACAUCAUUCUUCUGAUUCAUGCUCCCCUCCAAAAGGCAGCGCACAGUAAC